AUGGUCGUCAGGAACAUCGCAGUUUUCACAGGAGGAGCCGUCAUCGGCGCCGUCGCCAUGACUACUUACUUCAAGUCACAGGAAUCCCACAAGCCCGUCGCCGUGACAGCCCAAAGCCAGCUCCCCACUGUUCCUACUACCCCUGUCCCCACACCAACACCCACCCCUACCUUGCCCCAGGUCCCCUCCAAGCCAGCACCCAUUACCCCUCCCCCCGUCGUUGCCCGUCCUCCCCUUACCUCUGUCGGCAGCCCACGCAAGAUCAUGCCUCAUGGAUUCCCAGGUCCUCUUAACGAUGUCUUCAUGAGGGAGGGAUAUGUCGCCUCCUACAACCGUCAAUUCCGUCACCCCAACUGGGUCGCAGAACACAUCACAGCCGAAUCCCUGAAGCCCGGCGAGGGCGUCGGCCGUGGCAACUCGACCUUCAAGGAAGACGCCACCGUCCCCGAUCUCUACAAGGCAAAACUCUCUGACUACUUCCGUUCAGGAUAUGACCGUGGACACAUGGUCCCUGCUGCCGACUGCAAGAACUCCCAGGUGGCCAUGGAUGAAACUUUUUACUUGUCUAAUAUUGCACCCCAGGUCGGCGAGGGCUUUAACCGUGAUUACUGGGCACAUUUCGAAAACUUUUGCAGAGUCUUAACAAAACGCUACCCAGACGUCUACGUAAUCACUGGCCCCCUCUACCUCCCCUACCAAGACCCAACUGACAACAAAUACUACAUCAAACACGAAGUCAUUGGCAACCCCCCCAACAUUGGUGUCCCCACACAUUUCUACAAAGUCAUCCUGACCGACCGCGGAAACGGUGACAUGUCUGUGGGGGCCUUUGUGUUGCCCAACAAUGUUAUUCGUAACGAUGUGCCAUUGACGGCGUUCCAGGUCCCUGUGGAGGCGGUUGAGAAGGCUUCGGGACUGAAGUUCUUUGAGACUUUGGAGCGUCGGGCGUUGAAGAAUUUGUGUAAGGAUACCGAUUGUAAGAUCAUGCCCCAUCCUAAGAGCUUGAAGGGGAACAACCAGAACCAGAAGGCUCUUCCUGCCCAGUAG